AUGACGACUUAUUACACCGAACUUCCCGAGCAACUGGCUGCAAAAUGGACGAAGCCAGAACUCUCCGAGGAUGCCUCACGAAGUCCCUCGCGCAACCCGGCCGACAGCCAUAUUGCGGUACCGAAGCCCGGCCUCGAAAAGAGAUCCAUCUCGUUGGACCUGGUCAAAAUGCCCCAGGACAUCACGAUUCAACAACUCUACAAAGCUUUCUCGCCCAAGGGCAAUAUUGAACUUAUUGACAUCUUCGAGCCUCACCCUGGGGCGAGACACGCCGCUGGAAGGAUUGUUUUUACCCCGCCUCCAAAAGUCGAGUUCUGGCAAAGCGGUCGAUUUGAUCUUGAUCUGAAGGACGACGAAGAGCCAGUGACCAUAUACUUGAAGGUGUUCAAGGUGACACAUGAGAAUACAAGGAGCAGUGACGAGCAACGCUUCCCGUCCAUCAUCUCUAUGCGACUCAAGUCGCUGGAUUUUGGUAGUUUGCUCAAUAAUGAUACCAUGGUCAUUAGCGAGACAAUCGACUCGACAGAGACUGGCGAUCUCUCAUUGGAAGUCAACGCACGCACAGGAGCGAUCACCCUUUACUUCCAGUUUCCCGAAAAGAAAAGAUAUUUCUCGGGCAAGAGACAAUACAGACUCAUCACGAAUGUUUCCGCCAUCAGCAAGGUCUAG